CAAAUGUCCAAAUAAAUGAGUCAUAAAGCAUAAGCACGUUCAAGUUCAUCGUUUUGUUAGGAAAAAUAAAUUAAAAAAAGCCUAAUUACAAGCAUUCUGUAUGUGUUUAUUUGUGAUUUAGACAAUUUAAAUAUUAGCGAUAACAGAGUUUUUAGUGCGAUAAAGGCACGAUGCCUAAACACUUCAAUAGGAACAAACAGCAAUCAUGGUCUAAUGAUCGAUCAAACGAUAGGGACAGAAGGGUAUCUCUUAAAACCCAUAAUAAUAAAUAUGAUAGAAAACCUCAAGGUCAAAAUAGGGAUUGGAGCAACGCCAUCAGAUCCCAUUUAGAAGAGGAGGAUGUCGACAUGGGGUUUUCCGCUGGUUCUAGUCGAAAUUUGAAAUUCAAUAGAAAAGGAAAAGGUCCAGUUAGAGGUAGACAAGGAUCACCACCACCACAAAAUGGUCGAAGGAAGCUGCUAGAAGGUCCCUCAAAUUGGUACAAAAUUUCGCUACCCCAUGGUGACAAAUUUGACAAAACCUUUAUCAUAAAAACUCUACUGGAUAAAAUGGCGCCGUUACCGUUUUGGCCCAUAGCGUGGCAAGUAUUCGGAACGACUAUAACUUUCUACGUUGACGAUUUUAAGGUGGCCCAAAAACUGAACAAUCUCGACAGGCAAAUUCAGUUACCAAACGGAUUUAAAUUGUUCAUCAGAGUCUAUUCGGGUACUCCGAAUGUAGAUAUGACGCCGGCGCUUAAAGAAAAAAUGAAGGUGGUCAUGGCGAAACGUUAUAACAGCAUGACAAAGGCUUUGGAUUUGACAAAGUUCCACGCCGAUCCCGAUUUGCAGGACUCUUUUUGCGCCCUGUUUAAACCCGUAGUGUUUUUGGCCGUCAUCGAUAUCAUCUCCGAAAACAUUCCCGAUUUGGAGGCGCUGAAUUUGCACGAUAAUAAAAUACAGAUACUUAAUUUUUUGAAGAAUAUCCCCAAAAAGGUGCCGAAUCUCAAAAUAUUGCAUGUAGGUCAUAAUAAGAUCAGGGAUAUAGCGCAGUUGGACUGCUUACAAGGUUUGCCGAUAAUUGAUCUGAAGCUCGACGGGAAUCCGAUGUGUGAUAAAUAUAAGGACAAACCGACUUAUAUAAGUGAAGUUAGGAAGAGGUUCCCCAAGUGUAUGAAAUUGGAUGGCAUAGAUCUCCCCCCGCCGAUAAGUUUCGACAUCCAAGAAGAGCACCACUUGCCGCCCCCGCAACAGACGUUCCUGUGCAACGCGGACGGCGGCUCCAUCGUGCGGCUAUUCCUCGAACAAUACUUUCAAAUUUACGAUACGGAAAAUAGACAACCCUUGUUACAAGCCUAUCACGAACAAGCCCUAUUCUCGCUAACCAUGCAAUACCCCUACGGGUACUCAAAGGAAACCAAAGGGGUGCCUUGGUUGAAUUGGUACGCCACCGAUAACAGGAAUCUGUUGAGGGUCAGCGAUCCGGAUAGACGAUCGAAGUUGUUGAAGCAGGGACAUCUGUCGGUAGUGUCGUUUUUGCAGGAGAUGCCGCAGACCAAGCAUGACAUACACAGUUUCGCUGUCGAUUUGAACGUUUUUACGCCUCAAAUGUUAUGCCUAACCGUAGCGGGUAUGUUCAAAGAGUUGAAAAGCGGUCACAAAACACCGCCGCUACGUUACUUUUUCCGGACGCUCGUCAUAGUGCCGGCCGGUUCGGGUUUCUGCAUUUCCAACGAAGUACUGCACAUAUCAAACGCCACUCCGGACCAAGCGAAGGAAGCUUUUAAAACCACAGUUAACGUCGUCGGUUCGCCCGCACCGCCUCAAGCUGUGGCGACUUCGCCCGGACCAGGCGUACCGAUUCCUGCAGCUGUUGCCGUUUUUGACGAUGCUACCAAACAAGAAAUGGUCAAACUAAUGUCGGCACAAUCCGGUAUGAAUUUGGAAUGGUCUCUAAAAUGCCUGGAAGAGACGCAAUGGGAUUUCCAGAGGGCGUUGUUGACGUUUCAAAGUUUGAACGCGCAGGGCGUCGUACCGGCAGAAGCUUUCAUAAAAUGAUACUUUGAUUACGUGUACACUUAAGUACAUAGGAUUGUAAACAAUGUUUUGUAGAAAAAAAUCGGGUAUUUUUUUAAGAAUAAUCGGCGAGGACGAUUUUUUUUGUAUAAUUUGUUUUUGUGAUACUGGUGUAGACACGGUUGAAAAAAAUGUGGCAAAUGUGAUAUUGGUUUGGUUUAUUUUUCGAAUUUUUUUAAUUUGAAAAAUAAACGUAAUGAGAUAAUAUCGUUAGUUUGAGUAUGUGGUUAUAAUUUUUAAUGAGACUGGUUUAUUUUGUUUUAAAAAUGGCUUGUAAUACAUUUUAUUAAUGAUUAGUUAUAAUACCUGCAUUUUCUGUUUGUAGUUGUAUAUAUAUUUUUAAAGAUAUGUCUACACUGGUAAAAAGAAAAACUUGUAAGAAUAAUGUAGUUUGAUUAAGAGAAAUAUGCAUUUUGGUAAUUGUUUCUUUCUAACCAAUACGAAAUAUAGUUCAAAGAUUUAUUAAAAUCCGACUUUUAAAUAUGUACUCGUGUAGGUAAAGGGCAAAUUUGUGUUCUUUUAAAAAUUUGUUUUACUUAAUUUGUUAAAAAACAGAAAUAUUGAUAUUUCGCGAUUUUUUUUUUUUUUUUAUAAAAUUUAAAUAAAAUUUUGGGAAAUUGGUUUCAAAAGAAUACAGAUCUCUACACGAACAUAUUUUUUUCAAAAAAUAAAAAUCGACUUUAAAAAUGGGGUGAGUACUACCAAAUUUGACAUAAUUAUAUUUCGUAUUAAAAUAAGACAAUUAUCAAAGUACCACUCUUAAUUAAAAAAAAAUAUAUAUAAUAAAAAAAACUGUUAAAAAUAAAUAAAUAAUUUAGUAAAUUCUGUGUACAUAUUAUAUUUUUUAUUAUACUUUUUUAUUUAUAUAUUGUGUAUUUUUUAGUAAUCAAUAAUUAUUGAUCAUACUAUUUAUAAAAAUUAUUGUUGGUAUACGGGGGAGGGUAAAAACAUUCGUAGUCGGAAAUAUGGACACAUUUUAAAACUAAACAAGGCCUAUACAAUCAUGUUCUGUCAGUAUUCAUGCACAAAAUUUAAUAUCUGAUAUGCGAAAAUGUAGAUUCAAAUUCGUAUACGAGGGAGUUACCAGAAAUAUUUGUGAUUAAGAAUAAAAUAUCAAUUAAUUUUCGUUAAAUUGCCACGCUGUACAUUAU